AUGCUAGACGAUUUUUCUGUGGCCCUAUUUUACAAUGAGGCGGAUGAAAAGUUGUUGGAAGUAUUAUAUGAUUUAUGGAUAUACUUGAAGGAGUUUAAACUAGCUAAAUCGACAAUGGAAUAUGUUGUCGAAAGCAAGUCUGAGAGUGAUGAUCUUUCUGGCCUUUUACCCAUCGAUUCGGAUGCUGAGGAACGUUUACUGGCACUCAAAAGCAAGCUUUCAGUAGGACUAUCCGGCGAAUUGCAAUCAGAUUUUCUCAAUGCUCGCUUUGGUUUUCUAGAACCAAUGAAACAAGAUAUCCAAACUCAGCAGGAGCGACAGCUGAAAAAAAGCAAAAUGCGUAUUGAAUUGACCCUGAAAGGUCUGCCCACUUCAUGGGAGGAUUUGAUUGAUGCCAUCGAUAGUUCCGUUAAGGGCCUUCAAGAUGAAACAAAAAUUGAAGACAUUCACCGACCGAAACUUCGAUUCACCGAACCUUACCUUCUUACCGAAGAGCCUGUCGAAACUAUAUCAAUCGAAAUCAUUGACCAAAAGCCUGAUGAAAACGUUGAGCUGUCUCAACCAGCGGUGGUUGAGGAUGAGAAAUGUGACAUGCGUGAAAGUAAACAAAUCGACAUAAGCAACAAUUGUGAAGUAGAGGAGAAAAAAGAUGGUUCACAAAAGGACGAAUCCCAAGAGACUAGACAACAGAACCAUCGUGCAUCAAAGCGUUUGGCAAAAAUCGAUUCAAACCCCGACAAACCAGAAAUUGUUGUGGAGAAAGAGCAUUUUACUGGUAUCGACUAUUUCACCACCAAGUUAAAGGAAAUAGAACCGUCGCUAAAUACUGCUGACAUUGUUCUUCUUUACUUGAAAAAAGCAAGUGCGCUGCAAUAUUUGAAUGAUUUUGUGACCAUCAUCAAUGACUGGACUCCAAACUAUACUGCAGCAUUCAACUCAUUCAAUUCAGGUAAAUCCAAGUCGGCGGAUGGUAACACUAAAUUGCUUGAAAUUUUGAACAAUUUUAGCAACAAUAUACAAAGGAGCUCAUCGGUGGAGAGCAUUCGUGCUCUACCAGCAUUGGAAAGCAAUGUCAUACUGGAACUUACUUUGCGAAAUCCAGAUUACACAACAUUAAAGACCAGGGUUAUCAAGCAAUUGCUUAGUGCUGGUGAGAGCCCGUUUAUUCUUGAAUACAAAUGGAAUUUAUCGAUGCUUUCGAAAUUUAGUGAAUGGGUUUUGCAAUUCGAGGGUUUCUUGGUCCAGAACAUUGGUGAACUGCUUGAAGAUGCAAAGGCAGCCGUUGGGGUAUUUGAGCUAUUGGUUGAUCAAUCAAUUAGCUUGGAAUCUCAUAUCAGGCGGUCGAUCAACUCGAAAAAGUUCAACAAAGCAGUGACUAAUGGUAUGUGUUUGGAGUUGAUCAAGUUCAAUGAUAAAAUUAACAAGUGGAUACGGAUUAUUAGUACAAAUUUAUCACCGGAUAAGCAGGCAGAUAAAGAUUGGGCUUCCAUCACGGCAAGAUUCAUGUGGUGUAAACUUUUGAAACAAAAAUCACAAACGGUGAGUUGGGACACUAACAAGUCUAUCCAGGCAUCGCUCGAGGAGCUUCUCAGCUUUUUAACUACAUCUGGAUUGAAUGUGAAUGUUCAGUAUCCAAACUAUAAAAAUUUCCCAGACUUGAAUCUUAUCAAUGUGAAAUCACAAUUGACAGUCAUUUCAGUGCUCGCUGUCUUUUGGAAAAUAUUGUUUUCAAACCAAACUAGGGGUAAUUCCGAAGCGAUUUAUUUAUUGGAACACAUUCUACUUGACCUGGACGAGGGCAAGAAUGCGGCUAUAGUGUCAAUUAGAAACUUCUUAAACACAGGAAAUAUAGACAUGAAACUAAGUUUGUGGAGCAUAUUGCUCCAGUUUUACAAGCUGCUGGGUGUGACUUCUAAGCUAACUGUCGGCUUUGUCAAAUGUAUCGAGGAAUUUAACGAUUAUCUUGCUGGCGAAGAAUACAUAAAACUUCCUAAUAACGCCAGAUUUACAAUACUAUGCAAGGUUAUCGGAUUCUACAACAAUAAUUUAAAUUAUAUUGUCCACUUUUUGGAGGCACUGAACUGGGAGCUACGUGAACCUUUAAAUAUGAAACCAAUCAUGUCAAUACUUGAGAUUUCUUUGCUUUUUGAGGUACACGAAGAAGCGUGCAGCAUCUCCUCGUUACGAACAUCAAUAAAAGAGAACUCGCCCCAAUCGUAUGAUACAUUCAAGGACAUGCUUUUGAAAACUUCUGUCGUUAUUUUGGCGAUUUUGAGAUCCCAUUACUCAAAAUUUGCAUUGUACGCAGCCAUAAAAUUAUUUCAUGCACAACUUGGCGCUAGCGGAAUUUGUGAUGCUGCUAAUGGUGUUUUUCUUAGAGCUGCGCAAGAAUACCUUAGUAUUUUGAAUGGAACCGAUAAGGACAUGAGCCAAUUAAUAAAGUGCAGGUACCAUUACAAUAUUGGUAUCGAUGGCUUUGUUCCCUUUGAUCAUGGCACCCAGGUUAAAGAAGAAUUGGCUGAAGGCGAUUGUAAAGAUUUGUCCAAGUUUGUGUUGCCUUUAUGCUUUCACACAAAUACGAUCAAGAAUGUGCCCAAGCAUGAUAUGAAGGUGAUGAUCGAGGAGAUGUACGAGGCCAUAGGUGAUCCUGAUUUUGACUCCGACGUAAUUUUGAGUCGAAAUAAAGCAAUGAUUGAAUAUUUUUUGGACACGACGCGCAUAACACCAAAAUUCGUGCGUGAUACGUUUCAUGGACUCAUGAAACUAGAAUUUGAUCUGACUAAAUCUGAAUUUGGGCCGAGUGGGUUGUAUUAUCUUCAGGGAUUAUUGAUUUUUUCAUCGUACAAGUUGCGGAAGAAAAAUAUGCAAGGGAGGGCAGUCGAAAUCGAGAACGCAAUUAUGUUGUUUAGAAAUGACCUAAUCUGCGGUGGGAACCGAAUGGAGAGCUGGUUUUUGAUGGGUCAGGCAUAUGGAUUCUUGGUGGAGGAUGACUUGAUAUGGACUUCAGAUAAGUUGACCGUGAUGGACAGAAAGAUUGGGACUGCUAAUUUGCAAAGAAAGUCGCUAAUUUGCUAUUUAAUGGCCAUAAACUGCACUCUUGAUGAGCUGGCUAAGGAGCGUAUCAAGCCAGUUGUAGGAAGCUUGAUGUCGCUGUUUGCCAAAGAGCUCUUUGGAGCUGUAUCCGGCCCUAUGAAUAUGCUCGCAUUUAAGGUACAGUCACAUCCAAGGUUUAUUAAACAACCUGCGGGAGCAACUUUCUCGAGCGUGUCGGAGAAGACAACUUUGCCAAAGAGUUUUUGUUUGAAGUUGAUUAAACAGUCAUUGCAUUUAGCUAUCAAAACCGAGGAUGCCGACUGGACCGAUUUUUACUACUUGUCAAAGACAGAACGCAAGUUGAAUGACCCACCUAACCACGUUUUGGAUGUCAUGGCAAAUGCAUGUGCGAUGGUGUCCAAGGCGAAGCAAUCUGAGUUCAUCAUCGAGCCUUACUAUUCUUUGGUGUCACUCUGCUUGAAAUACGUCAAACUGGAUGCAAUUUCACCCAAAGAAGGACUCGAUCAUUUACACCAGAUUCCAUUAAUACAAGUCAAAACUACGGAGGGACUUUCAAAAAGGCAGUUCUACGACGUGAUAGUUUCAUCUUUAAAACAGCUCGAUGCUGCAGACAAAAAGAACUGGCAACAUCGAGCCAAGUAUAAACUUGCAAGAAUUCUUUAUGAUGAAUACGAGGACAUCGAGGAACCCGCUGCAAUAAUGUCCAGCUUCAUCUCAUUAAAAUCUGUCAACAAACAGUUGGUUCUGAUUUGGAAACCAGAAGCGGAACGUCCGGGGAAACACUUUUUGUACACCUACCAGUACAUACGAUUCUACAUUGAAUUACUAAAGGCAAAGAAAGACAUUAAUAGCUUGAUCACAAUGAUUCCAAAAAUUCGUCGGUCUAGCUCUAUAAUGGUCAACUUAUACAAUGCUUGGGAGUUUCUUUGUUCCACGAUUUGCAAGAUGAUGAGAACCGCUCUUGGCGUUGGAGACUCAUUUAGAUACACUGAUCAUUUCAUCAACAAUUUGCCGUAUCUGACUUUUUCAUCAAAUGUAAAGUCAAUGUUUGAGUCCUUGGAGCAGAAGGGUGUUCCACCAGAAAUAAUGCCAUACUUGUGUUUUUUACAGGGUGCUAACGAUAUGAAAAAGUCAAAUAAUGGUUAUGGGCCAACGUCGAUGAUUGACGACACAUUAGUGACAAUCUUUUUCAAGGUGUAUACACAUUACUAUAGGGACACCAAUUUUUAUUCCCUGUUUAAUUCACCUGGCUUGAAAAAGAAGAUUGCUAAAAAGGAUACUUUUCCACUAACGAAUGAUUUGUUGAGGUUAUGCAAAAAGGAUAUUGAUGCCAAAUUGGAGACUUCAGAUCAAGCGUACAAUAUCGCCUUGAAUGAACUAAUGGCCCAGUGCGAUGAAAAGAUCAAGAAUGAGGUUAUUGAAUUGGACACCUCGGAGGAACCUGAAGGAACUCCACAAAGAAGCAGACCAGGUACGGCAGCAACCAAUGGUGAGCAUACUCCUACUACACCUAGUAAGUUGAAGGAGGAAUCUACUGUAUCAGUGAUAGAGGCGACGCAAGAGAAUCAAUCAAGUUCGGGAUCGGGUGAUGAUAAUGCCAAGCGAUAUUUGAUCAACAUGGGAUUGUUUAACCCGGAUGGUUCAAAAGUUCCACCAAUAUAUGAUAAUGAUAAGGAGGAACAAGGGAACGGUGCACCUCUUCAAUCCACAUCCGAGGCUGAAGAGAGAGGUAAAAGACCACACGAAGACCACUUUCAUCCCUCGAAUAAUGAAAUGAUUAUCAUUGAUUCCUCAGAUGACAAUUCCCAAGUUGAUGAGAGGCCCGCAAAGAGAAGCAAAUAG